AUGUCGGGAAAAGGGCCCGCCCAGAAGUCUCAGGCGGCGAAGAAAACCGCGGGAAAGUCCCUGGGCCCUCGUUACCGCAGGAGGAAGAGAACCGAAUCUUUUGCACUCUACAUUUACAAAGUACUGAAGCAGGUGCAUCCGGAGACUGGCGUAUCCAAGAAAAGCAUGAGUAUCAUGAACUCGUUCAUUAAUGACAUUUUCGACCGCUUGGCAGACGAGGCCGUAAGGCUAAUCCGGUAUAACAAAAAGCGGACGCUUUCCUCUCGGGAAAUCCAGACGGCAGUCAGGCUGCUACUCCCUGGGGAGCUGAGCAAGCACGCUGUUUCUGAAGGAACCAAGGCUGUAUCUAAGUACACCACCUCGGGCGCAUGA